GAACAUGAUGAUCCUGGACCUGCUGACUCAAGCCCAAGAGACCAUGCACACCAGUGCCGAGUCUCUUCAGAGCUUCACGCGCUCCGAGAUCAUGCGCGAUUCCGCGGCGAACAUGGAGAUGCAAAUUCGUGAUGUGGUCCUGAAACAGAUGAACAAGAUGCAGGAGGCCUUCUUGGGCGAGGGCGAAGAAGGAGGCAGCUCCUUCAAGGACGCCGUCACGAACAUGGUCGCAAAGUUGGAGGAGAGCGCCAUGCGCCUCGAAAGCGCCAACUCCGUGAACGCCAGCACUGGCAAGGAUCAAAGCGAGAUGACCGAGAGCAUUCGCCAGGAAUUGGCCGCCCUUGCGAUGGCACUGUCGCAACAACAGCGUGAGAGCUCGCAAGAGAGCCUGGCACAAGUGAGCGAAGCACUCCGCAUGCAGCUGCUGCCUCUGCAGGAUACCCAAUCGCAAGUCUCCGGCGCCUUGGACGCGAAAGUCGCCGAGAUUCAGAACACCAUGACUGAAAACUUGAUCCGCGUCGAGAUGGGUAUCGACAAGGUGCUGCAGACAGUGGAGGCUUCAGGUGGCAAGCCGUCCUCCGGUGCCGAGAAGAAGGGCUCGCGAGCGGCCGACCGCGGCUGA